AUGUCUUCCUCCGUCGUCCCGUAUACCACCAACAUCGAGGCCCAGUGCCCCUCAACACCCCUUAGCGCGAUGACCCAGUCUCCCCGUACUACACCUUUGACACACAUGAUGGACCCCAUGGACGCGUCCUUUGGGUACACAUUCACAUCGUCCAAAUCCACCCAUGAGAGUCAGCACGACCGCAGACAAAGUCUGUCCGAUGUACACCCGCCCUACGCCGAGGAAGCGGGUAUCCCACUGCCCGAUUAUACACUCCACGCAUCCGAGCCUGUAACGCUUGCGAUGUACUUGUUCAAGUUUGGGUUCUUGUUCCCACCAUUCUGGCUCUUCGGGGCCUUCAUUCUGCUCUCGCCACUCCGCGAACCGCCUUCCACGACAGACGACAUCCCAGCAUGGAUGCCAGAGAAGACGGAAGCUGAGCGGCGGCAAAUUAUUGCCAACAUCCGCGCAGUCGAGCUCAAGUGGGCGAAACGAUGCCUUUGUACCUUCUCCAUUCUCACUCUCCUUACGGUCACCGGUGGUGUUGCUGCCUGGGCUGUUUUUCGCCAUUAA